GCGGGCACCGGCUGCGUGAGCAGGUACCGGCGGGGGAGGUGGCGAGGCCGCCCGGGGGGGCGAGCGGGCAGGCGGGGACUCCGACCCGCCGCGCCACCAUGCUGCAGUGAGCGCUCGCGCUCGGCGCCCUUGUCGCCCCGCCAGCCCCGGCGAGCCGGCUCUCCCAGCCUCGCCAGCCCGGGCCCUACCUGCGGCCGCCGUCGGAGGAGGAGGGUCCUCCCAGCUCCGCGGAGCCGCAUGAACAAUAGGCAGCGGCGGCUCCUGCGGGCGGCGGCGGUCCCGCACCCUAUGGAUCGGCCGCUCCAUGGAGCCCUCCAGAGCGCUUCUCGGCUGCCUGGCGAGCGCCGCCGCUGCCGCCCCGCCGGGGGAGGAUGGAGCGGGGACCGGGGCCGAGGAGGAGGAGGAAGAAGAGGAGGCGGCAGCGGCGUUCUCCGGGGAGCUGGGCUCGGACGCACCGCUGCCCUACUGGACGGCCGUGUUCGAGUACGAGGCGGCUGGCGAGGACGAGCUGACCCUGCGGUUGGGCGAUGUGGUGGAAGUGCUGUCCAAGGACUCGCAGGUGUCUGGCGAUGAGGGCUGGUGGACCGGGCAGCUGAACCAGCGAGUGGGCAUCUUCCCCAGCAACUACGUGACCCCGCGCAGCGCCUUCUCCAGCCGCUGCCAGCCCGGUGGCGAGGACCCCAGUUGCUACCCGCCCAUUCAGUUGUUAGAGAUUGAUUUUGCGGAGCUAACCCUGGAAGAGAUCAUUGGCAUUGGGGGCUUUGGGAAGGUCUAUCGUGCUUUCUGGAUAGGGGAUGAGGUUGCCGUGAAAGCAGCUCGCCAUGACCCUGAUGAGGACAUCAGCCAGACCAUAGAGAAUGUUCGCCAAGAGGCCAAGCUCUUUGCCAUGCUGAAGCACCCCAACAUCAUUGCCCUCAGGGGGGUGUGUCUGAAAGAACCCAACCUCUGCUUGGUCAUGGAGUUUGCUCGUGGAGGUCCUUUGAAUAGAGUAUUAUCUGGGAAAAGGAUUCCCCCGGACAUCCUGGUGAACUGGGCUGUGCAGAUUGCCAGAGGGAUGAACUACUUACAUGAUGAGGCAAUUGUCCCCAUCAUCCACCGAGACCUUAAGUCCAGCAACAUACUGAUCCUCCAGAAGGUGGAGAAUGGAGACCUGAGCAACAAGAUUCUGAAGAUCACUGAUUUUGGCCUGGCUCGGGAAUGGCAUCGAACCACCAAGAUGAGUGCGGCAGGGACAUACGCUUGGAUGGCACCUGAGGUCAUUCGUGCCUCUCUGUUUUCCAAAGGCAGCGACGUGUGGAGCUAUGGGGUGCUGCUUUGGGAGCUUCUGACUGGCGAGGUGCCCUUCCGUGGCAUCGAUGGCUUAGCAGUGGCUUACGGAGUGGCCAUGAACAAACUCGCCCUUCCUAUUCCUUCAACAUGCCCAGAACCUUUUGCCAAACUCAUGGAAGACUGCUGGAAUCCCGACCCCCACUCACGACCAUCUUUUACCAAUAUCCUGGAUCAGCUAACUACCAUAGAGGAGUCUGGUUUCUUUGAAAUGCCCAAGGACUCCUUCCACUGCCUGCAGGAUGACUGGAAACAUGAGAUUCAGGAGAUGUUUGACCAACUCAGGGCCAAAGAAAAGGAGCUGCGCACCUGGGAGGAGGAGCUGACUCGGGCUGCGCUGCAGCAGAAGAACCAGGAGGAGCUUCUGCGACGUCGGGAACAGGAGCUGGCUGAGCGUGAGAUCGACAUCCUGGAACGGGAGCUCAACAUCAUCAUCCACCAGCUGUGCCAGGAGAAGCCCCGGGUGAAGAAACGCAAGGGCAAGUUCAGGAAGAACCGGCUGAAGCUCAAGGAUGGCAACCGUAUUAGCCUCCCGUCUGAUUUCCAGCACAAGUUCACGGUGCAGGCCUCCCCCACCAUGGAUAAAAGGAAGAGUCUUAUCAACAGCCGCUCCAGUCCUCCUGCAAGCCCCACCAUCAUUCCUCGCCUUCGCGCCAUCCAGUUGACACCCGGUGAAAGCAGCAAGACCUGGGGCAGGAGCUCAGUCAUCCCGAAGGAAGAAGGGGAGGAGGAGGAGAAGAGGGCCCCAAAGAAGAAGGGCCGGACGUGGGGGCCAGGCACACUUGGUCAGAGGGAGCUUGCCUCAGGAGAUGAAGGAUCCCCUCAGAGGCGUGAGAAAGCUAAUGGUUUAAGUACCCCAUCAGAAUCUCCGCAUUUCCACUUGGGCCUCAAGUCCCUAGUAGAUGGCUAUAAACAGUGGUCGUCCAGUGCUCCUAACCUGGGGAAGGGCCCCAGGAGUAGCCCAGCCCUGCCAGGGUUCACCAGCCUUAUGGAGACAGAGGAUGAGGACGGUGAAGGCCCACAGAGUGGAGAGAGUCGUCUACAGCAUUCACCCAACCAGUCCUACCUCUGUAUCCCAUUUCCUCGUGGAGAGGAUGGGGAAGGCCCUUCCAGUGAUGGGGCCCAUGAGGAGCCUACCCCAGUCAACUCAGCCACCAGUACCCCUCAGCUGACACCAACCAACAGCCUCAAGCGGGGCAGUCCUCACCACCGCCGCUGUGAGGUGGCUCUGCUUGGCUGCGGGGCUGUCCUCGCAGCCACAGGCCUAGGGUUUGACUUGCUGGAAGCUGGCAAAUGCCAGCUGCUUCCCCUGGAGGAGCCUGAGCCACCAGCCCGAGAGGAGAAGAAGAGGCGUGAGGGUCUUUUUCAGAGGGCCAGCCGUCCUCGCCGCAGCACCAGCCCCCCAUCCCGGAAGCUCUUCAAGAAGGAAGAGCCCAUGCUAUUGCUAGGAGACCCCUCUGCCUCCCUCACUUUGCUCUCUCUCUCCUCCAUUUCCGAGUGCAACUCCACCCGCUCCCUACUGCGCUCCGACAGUGACGAGAUCGUGGUGUAUGAGAUGCCGGUCAGCCCAGUGGAGGCCCCGCCCUUGACCCCGUGCACCCACAACCCCCUGGUCAACUUCCGGGUGGAGCGCUUCAAACGAGACCCUAACCAGUCUCUGACUCCCACCCAUGUCACACUCACAGCCCCCCCGCAGCCAGGUGGUCACCGGCGGACUCCUUCUGAUGGGGCCCUCAAGCCGGCAGCUCUCCUGGCUAGCAGGAGCCCCUCCAGCAAUGGGUUGAGCCCCAGUCCUGGAGCAGGAAUGUUGAAAACCCCCAGUCCCAGCCGAGACCCAGGUGAAUUUCCCCGUCUCCCUGACCCCAGUGUGGUCUUUCCCCCAACCCCGAGGCGCUGGAACACACAGCAGGACUCUACCUUGGAGAGACCCAAGACCCUGGAGUUUCUGCCUCGGCCACGUCCUUCUGCCAAUCGGCAACGGCUAGACCCGUGGUGGUUUGUGUCCCCCAGCCACGCCCGCAGCGCCUCCCCAGCCAACAGCUCCAGCACAGAGACACCCAGCAACCUGGACUCCUGCUUUGCCAGCAGCAGCAGCACCGUGGAGGAGCGGCCUGCACUCCCAGCCCUGCUCCCAUUCCAGGCGGGGCCGCUGCCCCCUGCUGAGCGGACGCUUCUGGAUGUGGAUGCAGAGGGGCAGAGCCAGGACAGCACUGUGCCGCUGUGCAGAGCGGAACUGAACACACACAGGCCCGCUCCUUAUGAGAUCCAGCAAGAGUUCUGGUCUUAGCAUGAAAGGAUUGGGGUGGCCAAGGGGGAAGUAGGAGGAGGUGGGGGGAGCUGGCUGGCACAGCCCUUUCUCAGAGUUGGACCCCCUGAGAUCCAGCCCUACUUCUUGCACUGAUAAUGCACUUUGAAGAUGGAAGGGAUGGGAACAGGGCCACUUCAGAGGGUGUCCUGCCCUGCAGGGCCCCUCUACCCCUGUCCACUGGAAGGGGCUGUGGCUGUGUAGGGGAGCGAGGGGUGCGUGCAUGUCCCCCACCUUCCAGUCUUCCUCGCCUUUAGGGUGACCCUGCAGUCACUCAGCCAAAUCUGUCUGCUGCUCCCUGUCCUCAGCCAGUCGGGUAUGCCCAGAGCUAUCCUGGGCUCCUCUGUCAGCCCUGAGCUCAGCCUCCCAACAUCAGUAUUGGAGGUUCUGGGAUUGGUUUUGCUCCUCCUCCAUUCUCCUCCAAUACCCAUGAAUUGGAAUCUCAUUUGCUGUGAGAGCUGAGCUGUUCUGUGUCCUAAGCCAGACUGAAGGCAUGGUGUUCCAGGGUGGCAACAUGGGGGUGACAGGCUUGGCAGUGCUUAUCUGCACUUCCAGGAGCCCCACUUACUCACUUGAGCCCACAGGUGAAAAAGGGAACUGCCCCAGAGAGAACUGGUGGGCAUGGGGUGUUAGGGAAAACACAGCCGUGUUGCAAGUAACAGAGUCUGUCCUCGUUCCUUUUGGAAACACUCAAGGACAGAAACCAGCACUGUUAAAGGUGUCCAUCUAUCUACUUGGGGUCAGGACAUGGCCAGAUCAGGUACAGAUACAAAUAGAUGCUCAUCCUAGGAAUAGUUCCUGGGGAGACUUACUCACUAGUGCCACUUCUGAAGUCAAAGACAAAGUUCUGCCAUUUGUUCUUUUUUUUCUUUGUAUGAACAUUGUAUGUUACUCCCUUCCCUGGGUCUUCCUUCCAGUCCCUGCAAUUCAUGAGCUUUAGGGUAUAUAUUUGGUUAGUAGAUAUCUCUGCAACACACCAGAAUAGCACAGGGUGGUAGGUCAUGGACACUGGGAGUUGGAGAUCCCUUCUCAGCCAGGCCAUCCAUUUUAUGAUGACCUUCAAGUGGAGCCACCUUCCAUAAAUGGAUGUGCUAAAGUGAUGCUGUUUAUAAGGUGCCCAGCCAGCCACUGAUGUACGGUAGCCUUCAUGUCCAAGCACUGGAAACUGGCCAAGGCCUCCACUUGUCUCUGUAGACAGGUAGCCCCCUCGUGCUGGGUAGCAAGGACAAUAGAGGCCAACCCUGACUUUCCUGGAAUUUGUUUCCUUAACUUGAAUGUUGCUUCUAAACCUUUCUCAUGUACAUCAUCACUACUGCAUUACUCGGAGGCUUCUUGUGUUGUGCGUGAACAGUUGUCUUAUCGUGGGGCUGACCCCUCAAUUGGAAGUAGAGUCCUGGGGUCAUGCCCCUCUCCUCUCUGCACUGUCUUUUAUCUUGGAAUAUUUCUCUGGUGACACUGAAGGUCAGUCUGCAGGCUCCUUGCAUCUGCUGCCUGGUUGCCAGCGUGAGGAGAGGGGUGUGACCGGCAACAGCAAUGCAUCAGGUCAUCACUACUCUUGCUCUGUGACUAUGGUAGAAGUUCUGCCCUGGAGAUCACUGAAGAGUGGCCUUGGUUUUCAAAUUGCUCCUGGCUUUAUGAGCCCAUUAGCACCUUGGUUCAAGGGCCUCCCUGAGUCUUGGACAGGGAGGUGCUUCUGGUUUUGUCGCCCAGGGUUUUGUUAUUAUAUCUCAUUCCUGUCCUUCCCCUUGUUCAGCAAGGCCAAUAUGUAAGAGAUUAAUUUUGCCCCCAUAUCCCUACUCCUCAGCUAAGAGGUGAAAAAAUGUGAAUCUCAUCAGUUCAAGCCACCAAGUGACUCUUCCUCAUUGUUGAUAUGACAAGAAUAAUCUGUCCUGGGCCCUCCACAGCCCCAUUGCCCGAGCCAUGAACACAUCUGUCUAGCUUGGCUCCACUAAGUGGUCCUCUGGUUGGGUGCAGCCUACAGUGUAGUCUGAACUACAUUGGCUCUGGAUAGUGCUCUGUGGUAUGGGGCAGGGAUUUUUCUUUGGCUCAUUUUUUCUUUUUGCCAUUUUGUUAGGUUGUAGCCAUCUUUGUAGGAGUGGUGGCCUUCAUCUUUCACUGAAUGGUGGCCACCAGCCAUUGAGCGAGAGAUUGAACCCAAUUCUUACUCAUCCUUCCAGGAGAAAGAUGAGCAAAGACUGGAUCUUUGCUAAGGAAAUAAUUACAGUGAAAGAAGCAAAAACAGGGUUAUUCAAAAGGUGCUGCUGUGGGCAUCCAUGCAGGUGGGGGAGUUCUGUCUCUCAGAUCCUCUAAACCCGUCUGUGGUGGGUCCCUGCCUGUCAUGCCCCCUCUGCGGGGCAAGGCUGGGGGUGGGCUAAGGACCUAUGGAGUAGCAGGUCCGAGUGAGUGGCUUUCUGUCCUCUUGGGCUCCCUUGCCGUGUGGCAUGGUGAGGAGCUGGCUCUUGAGCUGUGGAUGGGCACUGGUGUGGCAGGCGCCUGCCUCUCCUUCUCCCCUUCCUUCCCUUCCCUCCCUUUCCUGAGAGACAGGUUCUUUCUGCUCUUGGCAGGUUUCACCACUUAAAAGGCAGUGAUAGGAGCAGAUACUGCUCUCUGCCCCCACCCCUGGGAGGAUUCAGCGCCUACUGCUGAUUCAGAUUAUCCUACACCCAUAGGGACCCAGACUGCUGCCAGGAGGCUUAGUAGAUGUCUCAGUUAUCCUUAUGUUACUUCCAAGAGGCUUUGGCAGGUGCUCUUAACGUGGCAUCCUUUGGCAUCCCUAGAAUCUGAUAGUAGUAAUAACAGUAAUAAUUCCAAUGAUGUCUUACAUUUGAACUACUCAGAAGAGUGCUGACUUUUCCCCUGACCUCUAAAAAAUGACAUCAUUUCCCUUCUGCACUUGGUAUGCUUGCUGUUAGGAAAAGGCUAAUGCUUAAAGUUGAAGAUUCAAGUGAAGUCAGAAAUUAAAGAGCUCUUUGAACUCCUUGCUGAGUCGGGCUCUCAGGCCCUGACACUUGAACAAGUUGGCUCUCUUCCCUAUCCUGCUCCGGCUGGGUGACCCCAGGCUUGUCUCUCAGCCCCUCUCAAAUUUCCUCCCUUUAAAAGUGAUCAUCACAUGCUUCACAAAGGCAAUGACUAUGCACCAGAGAAGCACAGUGGCUCUGCCAGCUCCUAGAGGAAGCUCCCUCCUGUCCGGAGUGUGGUUCUCACCAUCCUCACCCCGAGAGGCCACGCCUUCUGUUUCGUGCUUUGGCUUCUGGAAGAGGAGUUGGCUUAACAUGACUAAUGGGGGCCUGGUACAGGCUCUUGUGUGACAUUUGUCCUCACCAUUUGUGUCUUACAGAGGAGGAAAUGCAGAUGGGAAGGUUGGUGGCAGCAGCAGAAUGACGGUUGGCAUCUCUGAUUUCUUGGGGUUAUCCUCAGAUUCUGAUUUGUUAGAGCCUGGAUCAGGCCAAUUCCUGCUCUUUGGAAAAGGGUCCCUUUGCCCUUGAGACAUGUGUCAUGUGUGGGGCUCCUCAGAAAGCCUCUUUUCCUGCAGCCACUAUUGCUCAGGGACUCAAGGAAACACUGUGAGGUGGGCCUGGCUUUUGUCAUCACUCUUGGCUUCAUGGUCCCCACACUGGAGUCCCCUUUCUUCUUUCCUCACCCCUACAAAGGAGACACCUGAGCAUUCUUACUUUAACUUUUUGUUAAAAGCCAGAGGAGUAAGAAUGCUCAGGAGGUGGAGGAUUGCCUUGUGCAGGAUUUGGAGGGAGAAGCAGGUGCUGCCAUUUCUGUAGUUGCAGGCUUUUCCUAGGUUUCCACUUACUGGUUGUGAGAAUUUGCACGUGUUUUUCCUGCUCUCUGGGCCUUAGAAGUCUAUCUAGGAACAAUGCUACCUACCUACCUUUCUACCUGUAGCCCUUUUAACUUUAAAAUGUAUGGUCCUAGAGCCCACAGUCCCAGCACUGAUAAGCGUCACCUUGCUAGAUCAUUGCCUUUUGCAGAGAAAUGUGUGUGUGUGUAAAUAUAUGUAUGGUCGUAGGUCAAUUUCAUAUGGUUCAACCUAAUACACUAUCUGCCUCUCUCCUUGGCUUCAGGUCUGAGAAUGUAUUCUGGUGAAAAUAUGAUAUUGUUAGAAGCAAAUUCCCAAAUGCCUCUCUUCUUUGAAACAAAUCAAUGUUUUCCUAGAUCAGGAAAAAACAAAACAAAACAAAAAAACCCCAAAAUCAAAAACCUUGACUGCUUCCUUCUGGGGAGGACCUCACCCUCAGACUUUUCCCUGGCACUGCUACUCUGGGCACUCCCCACCUCAGGUGCUGGUGUUGGAAGCCUGAAGGCAGAAACUGAAAUCCUGGCCUAUUAAGGCUAAUUAACAAGGCAUAGAUGUCUAAUUAGCAUGACCCAGCCAUGGACUUCUGGUUGGCUGUACAGGCCAGGUGACUGUACACUGACUUCCUCUCCCACUGUUGACUGGUUGACUGAGUGUUAGCCCUGGCGAGAUUUCUGGCAGCCAGCCCAACCCUCUCUGUUCUUUUCUGUGGUUGCAGGAAGCCCUGGCAUUUGCUUUUCGCAGAGGGCCCUGAUCUAGCAAGGUGACGCUUAGAAUGUUAGGCUACUCUUGAUCUGGAGCCGGUAGGACUGGUCCUUCCUGAUUCUCACUGCCUGUGGUCCCUGUGUUCCCUGCAUCCCUUGCAGGGAGCCUCCUCAGGGCCUUGAGCUGGAAAGGGAGAAGAGCCUUAGUCUCCACAUGGUCGCUAGAACUGACACUCUCCCACACCUCUCUCUCUUUAGCCCUUGCCCUAGACUGGCUUUCCCUGAACUCAUCUCCCCUCCUGUCUGGUCUGACCUCUCCCUGUCAAGUACCCACCCCAAGUUUUACCAGACGGAUUGGCAGGCGUGGACAUGACAACUAGAUACAUUAUCUCAGGAUGGGACACUGAAGUACAAUUCCAGGGGUUCAAAGAUAGGCUUUUCCUCCUGGGCUGUGUGGAGUGGUCACCUGGGAAUUCUGAACCUGUAGGUCAGAAUAGUCAGAAGAGGAAUCCUGGUGACAGCCCCGUGGACAUGGUGUUACUUUGCUCUGUACUCAUUGAAGUCCAAGGCCAGGUUUGGAGAAGUGGUAUUUUGCCAUGUUCCUGAAAUCCUUCCAGCCUAGCUUGACACCUGCCCAGACAGAGCCUGACUUUACUUAAAAUUUCGAUACUUGGAUUUUUUUCAUUAGUUCUGAUUUUUAAAAAUACUGCACUGAAGUAUGAUUUUUCUUGACUACUCAGUUUUUUGGUGCCCCCUUGAAUUUUGCAGCUGAGAGUGUCUCAUUCACCUCAGCCUCAGCCUUGUCUCAGCUUUGCCUGCCCCUCCCCUGGACCGCGAGGGGGGCUUAGGUACCACUGUGAAGUAGGUCUCAUAUUGUCUCAUUUUUAAUUAUCCUCCCCUUCUUGUCCUGUGUACAAUGGCAGUUCUCUGAGAGUGUUUGUGUUUAACAGGAGCGUGUUGGUGUGUAACAGGGAAAUAUGCAGGAGUUUUUCAUUUUGGAUCUGAAAUUGAGGGUGACUUUUCCUUGGCCGUCUUUCAGGCUCCCUGGAACCCUGAGGCCAUUUAUGGGUGUGUCUGUGUUCUGAGGGGAAGGGAUGUGAUUACAGGGAAGGGCAUCCUUUUUAGAAGUUCAUCUUUCAUUUAUAAACAUUUUUCUUUUCUUCAGAAUGCCCCACAUCCCCUAGAUGGGGGGCUAGAUUCUCAUCUUAAUCCUCUUUGGGACGUCUUUGACUUCCAGAAGUGGAUAAACUGUAUUCAUUCUCCCUUUCAGCUGUCAGAAGGGACUGACGUGAGUGGAGGUGUUUCAUGCCCUUGUGUACCAAGGUCAGCGUUCCCCAGCACUGUGCCCACACAGUGAACUUUACCAUGUCGCCCAUCACCUCCUGCACCUGCGUCGCUUCUGUCACCAUCAUUAUUCUCUGUCAUCUUUAUUCCAUUCUCCUCAUACCUCUCUACCUCCAGUUUCAGAAGCCAUGCUGGCUAUAGCUGUUUCUUCGUCACUGUCAGAGUGAAGCAUGUAUUGAUCCUGCCCUAGGUAUGGGGACUAAUAAAUUAUAAGAAACCAUUAAAUUUCUUCCGUAUGGGGGGCACCAUCCUAGAGAUUUCUAUAUAUACAUUUUUUGAUUCCUUAUAAUAAUCCCAGUAGGAGGUUAUUGCCCCCAUCUAAGGAUGUGGAAAAUGAGGCUCAGAUGCUUCUGUAACUUUCCCAGGGCCACACAGCUGGGAAGCAAGUUGCUGAUGUGCUUGUUCCAAAGUCAGCUCACUUUUCACUGAGCAUAUUCCUGGGCCCUGAGAGAAAGCUGGCCUAGCCCCCUGGGCUUUGAGAUUGCCCUUUGUCCAGGGAGGAGUUGUGUUCCUGGCAUACCGUCACCUGCCUGUGUGACCGGACCUCCCCCUCCCCAAGGCUCCGCUGACCUGCUGUCUGCUUCCUGCUCACCAUUUCCUCCCCACGACUUUGGUCCCAGCACCAAUGAGGGCUUGGGCCUUUCUCCCUAUGUUUCUAGCCCCACCAUCGCCCUGUUCCUGCUCUUUGUUGUAGCUUCACCCCCACUUCUCUCAGUCUCUCGAGCUUGGAAGCCUUAUUAUAGCUCAUGUCUCCUCCUUGAGAACUUGAAAUCAGGCCUUUGCCUUUUGUCGUAUUGAGCCACGUGCCCUUGGUACCUAGUUGUAGCAAAGAAGGGAGGUGAUGAACUCGUUAACUUUCCUUUCUGCUUUCCUGCACUACCCUUCCCCCAUGUCCCCCCACAUUCCCCUACAGCCACCUCCUCCCCCAGAUAUAUUAUAGACUGUGUUUUUUAGAGCAGUAAGGAUAGGAAAAUGGCGGUGGGUUUUAUAUAGUUUACAGCAAAGCUUUCUUUGGGAUUCCCUCCCCCUUAGGGCCUUUGAGUCUAGGUAAAGUGAAAGUUCACACUUGGGUUUGUUUUGUUCCUCUGUAAUUAGCUACUAGUUUUUAUCCCUAGACUUUCUCUGCUCCAAUGUCUUGUCCAUAUGUCCUGACCCUGUGUCCUUGUAUUCCCACUUUGCUUUGGGAUUUAAGUUAUUGUAUGUUGUCAACAAUAUUUAAAGAUGAAAAAGUCUGAUGGAAAUUCAUCAGGUUCUUUCCUGUGGCUUUUUUUUUUCUUUCGAGGUACUGUAAGUUGUUCACUAGGGACGCCAAGCAGGCUUGGUUCAAUGGCUGAACCUCUUAUUGUAUUACGGUGUAAUGCUGAUCUCCACCUGGUCUCCACACCGGAGCAUACAGAGACUUGAAUAAAACUGUUAUAAUGA